CUUCAAAGGGUCGAAAACUUCAGAAAUCUCCUUGAUCGCAGCUUGACUGUAGGUAGGGGGAGAUUACGAUGUCUGAGAAUGGAUUUGAAAAUGAGGAGAAGGAUGAUUUAGAUCACGGCGUCACGGAGAAAGAUGCUUCCUUGGUCAAAGUGGAUUCUGGACAACUGCCAAUUUUAACGUGGAAAAGGAAAUUGAGCGAUAAGGGAAAUAAACUGUCACAUUUUACACUAAAUUUUCGAGAGAUGUUGGAAUUGGCUCCCUUAGGUAUUCGUUUAGGGCGACAUCUCAUACGGGAAGCGGCAAAAGGAAGGGCUAUCAUAAUUGAUCCCACAAAAAAGCAUUUCACGACAUCUUGUCAAGGUGUUCCUUUGGGUGGCAUUGGGGGAGGGAGCAUUGGAAGAAGCUAUACAGGCGACUUUCAGCGUUGGCAACUGUUUCCAGGAAUACGUGAAGAUAAACCUGUCUUGGCAAACCAAUUCUCUGUUUUCAGUUCACGCUCAGAUGGUCAAAGAUACUCCACAGUACUCUAUCCAGGGAAUCCUGAAAGGCUCAAAGAAAGUUCCAUCUCAGGAAUUGGAUCUUGGGACUGGAACCUGGAUGGAAAAAGUUCUACUUACCAUGCUUUGUAUCCAAGGGCCUGGACCAUAUAUGAUGGGGAGCCUGACCCAGAUCUGAAAAUAACUUGCCGUCAGGUUUCGCCAUUUAUUCCCCACAAUUAUCAGCAAAGUAGUUUACCAGUUGCAGUAUUUGCAUUCACGCUUGUCAACUCGGGGGAUAGUGCUGCAGAAGUAACUUUACUCUAUUCAUGGGCUAAUUCUGUGGGUGGGAACUCUGAGUUUUCUGGUUAUCAUUCAAAUUCCAAAAUGGCUGAAAAAGAUGGUGUGCGUGGAGUUCUUCUGCACCACAAAACUGCUAAUGGGCAAUCACCGGUAACAUUUGCAAUAGCAGCACAAGAAACAAGAGAUGUUCAUGUCUCGGAAUGUCCUUGUUUCGUGAUAUCUGGGAACUCUGAUGGAUUCACAGCAAGUGACAUGUGGCAUGAAAUAAAAAAGCAUGGAUCCUUUGACAACCUUGGUUCGACCGAUAAAUUUAUGCAUUCGGAACCAGGUUCAUCUAUUGGAGCAGCUGUUGCAGCUUCCGUGACUGUUCCUUCUCAAGGUUCCUGUACUGUUACAUUCUCUUUGGCAUGGGCUUGCCCAGAAGUAAAGUUCCCUAGUGGAAAGAUUUAUCAUAGACGUUAUACCAAAUUUUAUGGCAUAGAUGGAGAUGCAGCAGCAAGACUUGUGCAUGAUGCCAUCAUUGAGCAUCCAUCAUGGGAGUCCCUGAUUGAAGAAUGGCAAAGACCUAUUCUGCAAGACAAGAGACUUCCAGAAUGGUAUCCUAUCACUCUUUUCAAUGAGCUCUACUAUCUUAAUGCUGGAGGGACGAUAUGGACAGAUGGCUCACCACCAUUACAGAGUUUAGCAUCAAUCGAAGGAAGGAAGUUCUCCCUUGAUAUGUCAAAUUUAGAUUGCGAGAAGUUGGUUGAAAUCGUUCCAGAAAAUAACACUGCCACUGACAUCCUAGGCAGGAUGUCAUCAGUGCUUGACAAAAUGCAUUCUCCCAUUGCAUCAAAUUCUGCUUUUGGUACGAGUUUACUCCAAGGAGAUGAAAAUAUUGGCCAGUUUCUCUGUCUUGAAGGGAUUGAGUAUAUCAUGUGGAACACAUAUGAUGUUCAUUUCUAUUCAUCUUUCUCCCUGGCUUUGUUAUUUCCAAAACUUGAGCUCAGCAUUCAAAGAGAUUUUGCGGCAGCAGUAAUGAUGCAUGAUCCUGAAAAGGUGCAACUUCUACGUGAUGGAAAGUGGGCUCCAAGAAAGGUUCUAGGUGCUAUUCCCCAUGACCUCGGGCUAUUUGAUCCAUGGUUCAAAGUAAAUGCUUAUAUGCUUUAUAACACAGAUAGAUGGAAAGAUCUAAACCCUAAAUUUGUUUUGCAAGUUUAUAGGGACACAGUACUCACGGGUGAUAAGUCUUUUGCACGAGCAGUUUGGCCUGCAGUCUAUACUGCCAUGGCUUACAUGGAUCAAUUUGAUAAGAAUGGAGAUGGGAUGAUUGAAAAUGAAGGCUUUCCUGAUCAAACUUACGAUGUGUGGUCAGUUACAGGUGUGAGUGCAUAUUGUGGUGGGCUUUGGGUGGCUGCUCUACAGGCGGCUUCAGCAAUGGCACGAGAAGUUGGUGAUAAAGCUUCCGAAGAGAUGUUUUGGAAUAAAUAUGAGAAGGCAAAAUCAGUGUAUAUGAAAUUGUGGAAUGGUGCAUAUUUCAACUAUGAUGAUAGUGGUGGCAAGACAAGUUCAUCAAUCCAGUCCGAUCAAUUAGCUGGACAAUGGUAUGCGGUAGCGUGCGGGCUUCAGCCAAUAGUUGAUGCAGAAAAAGCUCAAAGCACGCUUGAAAAGGUUUACUCUUUCAAUGUCCUUAAGCACAAGGAUGGAAAGAGGGGAGCUGUUAAUGGGAUGAGACCAGAUGGAAGUUUUGACUUGUCUGCAAUGCAAUCAAGAGAGAUAUGGUCUGGAGUUACGUAUGCUGUUGCUGCUGCUAUGAUUCAAGAAGGCAUGGUAGACGUGGGAUUCAAAACUGCUCAGGGCAUCUACGAAACUGCCUGGUCUGAGCAAGGACUUGGGUACUCUUUUCAAACUCCUGAAGCCUGGAAUACCAAGGAUGAAUACCGCUCUCUCUGCUACAUGCGACCACUGGCAAUAUGGGCAAUGCAAUGGGCAUUGUCACCUCCGAAACUACACAAAGAAGCGGGAGCUGAUACAAAAGAAGACACUCAUCUGAAGCAUCAUAUGUCAUUCUCAAAAGUUGCGAAGAUGCUCAAAUUGCCAGAAGAAGAGCAUAGUAAAAAUGUUCUUCGUGUUAUCUACGAGAUUACAUGCAAUCGAUUAAGGUCAUGAUGGGGGUUGUAGACUCUUGAGGAACUUCUUCAAUCUUCAUAAAGGAAUGGGAUGAGGUUUGUGCAUUGAUUUUGUGGUAGUCCAAUUUGUUUUACUAAUUGUGUGACUGGAUUGAAUGUGUGCUGCAAUAAACAGAAACUCGUACAUUAUUCCAUGUAUUUAAUAACAUUUCAUAUGCACCAAAUAGCUGAAACGAAGUCUGCUGAUGUAUCACAUUUUACGUAGCAAUAUC